AGUGCGACUCGAAAAACAAAUUAUCCCGCGUACGAGUCUGAGGUAGAUGUGACGGAUAGUUCGCUGUAGUUUACAGGACUUUUAUCAGAACAGUUAUGUUCAGUUGCUGUACUACACGACCGAGCUCGGUGUUUUAAAGUGGGUCUCACCUUAACGCCGCGCUGCGCGGCGCUGCUGUGUCGUUCGAGCCGCUCGGUCUGUUUAUGUCUGGAUUGGUGUCAGUUCGGUUAGCGUGUUAGCACUGAACUACACAGGAGCGGAGUUCAGCGUCUGUGGUCUGACUUCGUGCUAUUACGUUGCAAGUAACUCAACGGUAAAGUCGUUAUUUAGUAGUAGAGAUACUUGUCUCGUGUCAUUUGUUGUUAUUUUAUAUGUUUCACUGCACAUUUUCUGGCUAGCUAACCAGCUAUGUUUUGCAUGUAACACGAAGGUGAAGUCGAUUUCUUGUCCGCCAGAUUCUUGUUCCAAUUUUCCCGUUCCACCUUAAAUGGUGCAGCUGUUGCAUUCUGACUUCUCGUGACAUUUAAGGUGGAACGGGAAAAUUCGAACAAGAACCUGGAGAAUAGGAGAGCAGGACUUCAGUCUCGUGAGCGUUGAUGAUCAGCUGACGCUACUUCUGUCACUUACUGUCACGUUGUUACUAUUACUGCUCUCCAGGUGAAAUGGCAAAGAGAAGAAAGCUCUCCAGCAUGGUGCUCGCAUGUGAGUGGGCCUCGUGCACGUUUAAGGGGAGCACUAUGGAAGAGCUUAGUGAUCACAUGUCUGAGCAUUUGAAGGAGCAUCUCGGCGAUGGGGAUACGAUGGAGGAGCUGGAUGAAUACCCAUGUCUGUGGCAGGGCUGUGAAUUCCUGGCUAUGGGAAGCCCAAAUGAGCUUGUUGCCCACGCGCACUUCCACAUCUUCCACAGCAAACUGAAGUUCAUUGGGACUCAGCUGCUGCAGUCCCACCCAGAGCUCCCCAGCUGCACUCAGGAUCUCCAUAGCAACAACCUGGUCACUGACAUCUCGGAGGGAUUUGUGUGUCAGUGGGAGCACUGUGAUAGCUCUUUCAACAAUCCAGAGUGGUUCUACAGACAUGUUGAUAUGCAUGCACACUGCACAGAGCUGCAGCCGCUCCCCGAUCAACAGCAAGCCCUCUUCUGCAGCUGGAAAGGCUGUGAUGCCUUCUUCAAAAUAAAGUAUCGCCUGCGGGAGCACCUGCGCAGUCACACUCAGGAGCGCCUGGUCGCCUGCCCCACCUGCGGCUGCAUGUUCUCCAGCAACACCAAAUUCUUUGAUCACAUUCAGAGACAAGCUGAGCCUGAAGAUUCACUGACGUGUAGGCAUUGUGACAAAGGCUUUGCUAACGAGAGACUGCUAAGAGACCACGUUCGACAGCACGUGAAUCACAUAAAGUGUCCACUUUGUGACAUGACUUGCACAUCCCUUUCCACCUUGAAGAUUCACAUCAAGUUUCGUCACUGUGACGAGCGGCCUUUCCCCUGCGACUUCUGUGAGAGCAGCUUCAAGAACCAGCAUGAUCUUAGGAAGCACAUGGAGACCCAUAAUGAAGGAGCAGCGUACCACUGCACAGUGGAGGGCUGUGGAUACUCAUCUCGCAUGGCUCACACCAUGAACCAGCACUACAAGAGAGUACACGAGGGAAACAUGGUGUCGAGGUAUAAAUGUCAUCUUUGUGAUAAGAACUUCUCAUGGUGUUACACCCUUACCCUUCACCUGCGGAAAAAACAUCAGCUGAAAUGGCCAUCUGGACACUCCCGAUUUAGGUAUAAAGAGGAUGAGGAUGGAUACCUGAGGUUGAACAUGGUUCGCUUUGAGACAGUGGAGGUUACAGAAGAGCUGAUAAAGAACAUGGCAGAAAAACGCACCCCACGCAAGGUCUCAGGGUCGAGUGGUCAGACGAAGAGGCCAGCACUGCAGGCAGAGAGUGUGAACGAUGCUCCCACGCAGUCUUCGUCAUACCCCUCCUCUUCCUCCUCCAGCCCUGAGCUCAUAGGUGAGGCUGACAACAACGCUGCAAAGGAUGGGGCCCCUGUAUACUGCGUCCUAAGCCCAGUGACUGAGGUAAACGGAGAGCCAGAGGCCCCUGCAGAACCAGGGGCUGAAUCAGGUGCUGUCCAAGCCCUGGCUGCAGUAGCCAGAGGGCUAGGUAUGGAUGUGGUGUGAGAGGCCAAAUUGCACUACAUGUGAGAAUCAGAAACACCACAAAACAGGUUCAGUGUUAGACCAUGUGUCUUGGAUUUAUAUUGCACAUGAGGUCCUAUGGAAGGAAAGACUCUUGUACUUGCAGGACCUUUUUACUCUGGGUUAUUCUCACUGGGUUAGUAGUUCUACGCUGUUUUAAAAUUUUCUCGUUUAAAUGCAGGUUUUCAGCAUUUUAGAGUAAUUCUUAUAAUAACCUCUGGGGCCUAAUUGUUGCUUUGCCUCUGAAAUGCAUUCCAUCCAGCAGCUUUUUCUCUUGAUCUUUUGUUUUAGUUUUUUUAAGCCUUUGUUUUAGUUGAUUGUGUUUUUAUGUGGUGUAUUAUGUAUAUUUGUUUUAUAGAGUUCAAAUAGGGAAAUUCAAUUUUACAUUAACUAGGAUAUGAUCCUAUUGUAAAUAGUAUGCCUGUUUUGAAAUUUUUAAUGUUGUUGAUCUCAGUUGAUAUUAAAUAAACAAAAAUAAAUGA